AUGGAUCGACAGUUUGGCGAAAAAAUUCCAGUAAUUGAUGCGAGCAGAAAUGAAAUAUUCAACGAAAAUAAGGAAGAAUUAUUAAAAUGGAUAAGCGAUGAUGAAAUUGGGAAUAACGCAAUUAUUAAUACACCAUUUGGCAAAAGAAAAGUUUAUUAUUGUGAUUAUGCGGCAUCGGCAAGAUCAUUGGCAUCUAUUGAAAAAUAUAUUUCACACGAAGUUUUACCGUUAUAUGGCAAUACGCAUUCAUCAGUAACGACAACGUCUGAACAAACCACUCUUUUUCUGCAUGAAGCAAGAGAUGUGAUUCGAAAUGCGACAUAUGCAAGUGAGCAUGAUGCUGUUCUUUUCGUUGGUAAUGGGACGACUGCAGCUAUUGAACUUCUAAGACAUCUUUUGGACUUACAGACAGCUCCAAUUAUAAUUACUGGUAUUCAUGAGCAUCAUUCUAAUUUAUUGCCAUGGAGAGAAAUUGCAAGUGAAAUACAUAUUGUUGGCGAAUCAAAAAAUGGUCAAAUUGAUAUCGUUGAGCUUGAAAAUUUUUUGAAGAAAAUUCAUGAAACGAAGGAUAAAAACGUUCUGGUAAUUGGAUGUUUUACUGCUGUUUCAAAUAUAACUGGAAUAAUCAUUAAUAUCGAAGAAGUUACUGAAUGUUUAAAAAGGUAUGGUUGUUUAUCGUUUUGGGAUUACGCUUCUGGAGCCCCUUAUAUCGAAAUUGUUAUGAAUGGGAAAGCUCGCAAAGAUGCGAUCUAUUUUUCUGGACAUAAAUUUAUUGGUGGAGUGCAGACUCCUGGCGUGCUGGUAGUUAAAAAAAAGAUUAUUGCAAACGAUCGGCCAAGACGUGCUGGAGGUGGAACGGUGUUUUUUGUGAGUCAGUCUUCACACAGUUAUCUGAAAGAUGUCGAAUAUCGUGAAGAAGGUGGUACGACAGAUGUAGUUGGUGCUGUAAGAUUAGCGCUUGCUUUCAAGUUGAAAAAUGCUGUUGGCUAUGAUGUUAUAUCUGAUCGUGAACGAGAAAUAUCUAGAUAUGUGAUUAAUCGAUUGUCGAUAAAUGAUCGGAUAAUUCUGCUUGGCGUACCUUCUUGGGCGAAUCGUUUGCCUAUUUUUUCUUUUCUUAUCAAAGAUGCUUCUUCAUUGUUCCUCCAUCAUAAUUAUGUUUCGGCCUUGCUUAAUGAUCUUUUUGGAAUUCAGUCUCGAUCAGGAUGCGUUUGUGCAGGUCCAUAUGCUCAAUUUCUUCUUGGAAUUAAUGAAUCCGUAAAUUUUAUCAUUGUUUCUUUGAUUUUUGGUUCGAUUCUGGCGCUUUCAUAUCGCCAGUGCUUAAUGGAAGAUGCUCGUCUUGAUCGUGUUCACUUGCGACGAAAAGGUGAAUACUCUAGCAAUGAGGUGCUUCGUCCAGGGUUCACCAGAAUUUCUCUUCCCUAUAACGCGACAUAUGAAACGGUCGAUUUUGUGGUUAGCGCCAUUGAAUUCAUUGCUGAGAAUGGAGCAGCAUUCAUGAACCAGGCGAUUGGCUUAAUAUUUCAGUAUCAAUUGAACUGUGAAAGUGGUGAAUGGCACCAUUAUCGACAAAGAGUAUUUCAUUCUCGUAAAUGGCUUGGAUUCGCUAAUUUCACAUCAAAUGGGAUUAAAAUUACAAAAAGUGAUAAUACUUAUAAUGGUUCAACACAGCAGCAUGUGCCAAUCAAUUUGUUCGCAGAAGCUCAUCGGCUGGCUAAAGAAGCGGAAAUGACGAAAAUUGAAAUACCAGAUGGUCAAAAUGCUUUCGAUGACUUGGCAAAAAAUUUACGUUGGUUCGUUAUGGCCAGUGAGCUGAAAAAAUCUAAUGAACGCCAAUCUUGCAUAGUUCCGUUUAGUCCGAGGAAAUAUCCUUCAAUUGAUUAUAUAAUAAGUGCUAGUGAAAGUGAAUGCAGUGGUUUCAAUUAUCAUUUGAUCAAUUCUUUGUUAUCAGCAGAUGGUAAUGGCAUAAGAAAAAAUGAAAUAAAUGAAAGCUUCGAAACGGCUGAAACGUUGUGUAAUUCAUUUAUAAGAAAUCAAAAUAUUUCGGAUGAUAACGGUGAAUUCAAUUUAAGCAGAAUCGAUUUCUUGGAUGAUUGGAAUCGAAGAAUAGUAGUUCGGCCUCGUGAAAAUAUAGCAAUUAAUAAUCAAUCCCUUUGGGUGCAACCGCCAUUUGAACUCUAUAGAAAAGCAACAAAAGCCAUUCAUGAUUUGGAUAUGAUUGAGGACGGUGAUCGCGUGCUUGUAUGCCUCUCAGGAGGAAAAGAUUCACUAUCUUUAUUGCACAUUUUACAUCAAUAUCAGAUACGAACUAGGCUACGACAGAAAAAAAAUUUUAAAUUGGGCGCUAUUACUAUCGAUCCACAGUCUUCAGCUUAUAAUCCUAGACCUCUGAUUUCAUAUUGUGAAUCGCUCAAUAUUGAAUUUUUUUAUGAAAUGCAAGGUCGUCUUGCUGCUGCAGCAAAACUUCAUGGAUACAAUGUUCUGGCAAUGGGUCAUCAUUUGGACGAUCUGGUUGAAAGUUUUCUAAUUGCUGCUUUCCAUAAUGGAAAUUUAAGUACAAUGAAAGCUACUUAUAUUACUCGAGACGAUUUGAAAAUAAUCCGACCAUUAAUCUAUAUUCGAGAGAAACAGUUACGUGAUUUCGCUGAAUAUAAUUGCCUACCAGUAAUCGCAGAAAAUUGUCCCGCAUGUUUCGAACAGCCGAAAGAAAGAUACCGACUUAAACAACUUUUGGCAUCAUAUGAACUUAUAUUUCCUCAGUUAUUUGCUUCUUUGCGAUCAGCAUUACACCCGUUAAUAAAAAUUAAUUUACCAAGUACCAGUGAUAUGAGGAAGUUAGCUGUUGAAAAUAUUAAAAAUGAAUCAAAAAUGACGAUACAAAAUAAUUAUUUUGAUUGA